CAGGCGCUGACGCCGGAUGGCGAGAAGGCUGCCGAGGAGACGGCGGCCGAGCAGGCGGCGAAGCUGAAGCGCGACGCCGAGCUGGAGAAGGCCGAGGCGAAGGAGAACAAAAAGAAGGCCGAGCGCGAGGCCAAGGAAAAGGCCUGGCAAGAGGAGAAGGAGAGGAAGGAACGCGAAGCGGAGGAGGAGAAGAACAAGGCUCUCCAGGAGGCCACGGAGGCCGAGAACCGGGCCCUGGAGGCCGAGCGCAGGGCCGAGGAGGCCAAGCGCGAAGCGGAUGCCGCGGCCGUGCGCCGGGCGCAGGCCGAAGGCAAGCUGAAGGAGCUUGCCAAUCGGCAUGAGUGGAGCAGGGAGCACGAGGAGCUGGAGGCCGAGCACAUGGUGCGGAAGGAGGUCCACAGCCAGGCGGUCCAGGAUGCGAAGCAGGCGCAGAAGGAGGUCGGCCCGCUCAAGGAAGAGGCCCGGCGCAAGGCAGAGGCCCUGAAGAAAGCGGAGGCCAAGCACAAGGUGGAGGCCGAGCGCAAAGCGGAGGCCGUGCGCAAGAUGCAGGAGAAGCAAGAGGAGGAAGAGCGCAAAGCAGAGGCCCAGCGCAAGGAGGAGGCAGAGCGCGCGGCGGCGCAGGAGGAGGCGGACCGCAUGGCGGAGGCCGAGAAAAAGGCGGAGGCCGAGCGCAAGGCCGAGGCGGAGGCCGAGCGCAAGGCGGAUGCCGAGCGCAAGGCGGAGGCCGAGCGCAAGGCGGAUGCCGAGCGCAAGGCGGAGGCCGAUCGCAAGGCGGAGGCCGAGCGCAAGAUCGAAGCCGAGCUCAAGGCGGAGGCCGAUCGCAAGGCCGAGUUCGACCGCAAGGCGGAGGCCGAAGUUCGGGCGGAGGCCGAGCGCGUUGCCAAGGAAGACGCCAAGCGGCAGGCGGAGGAGGCCGAGCGCAAGGCCGAGGCCGAGCAGAAGGCCGAGGCCGAGCGCAAGGCGGAGGCCGAGCGCAAGGUCGAGGCCGAGCGCAAGGCGGAGGCCGAUCGCAAGGCGGAGGCCAAGGCCAAGCGCAAGGCGGAGGCCGAGCGCAAGGCGGAGGCCGAGCGCGCAGCAGAGGCCGAGCGUCAGGCGGAGGCCAAGGCAGUGGCGGAGGCCGCGGAGGAGGCCGAGCGCAAGGCGGAGGCCGAGCGCAAGGCGGAGGCCGAGCGCCAGGCGCAGGCCAAGGCAGUGGCCGAGGCCGCGGUGGAGGCCGAGCGCAAGGCGGAGGCCGAGCGCAAGGCGGAGGCCGAGCGCGCCGCAGAGGCCGAGCGCCAGGCGCAGGCCAAGGCAGUGGCCGAGGCCGCGGAGGAGGCUGAGCGCAAGGCGGAGGCCGAGCGCGUGGCAGAGGCGGAGCGCAAAGCGGAGGCCGAGCGCAAGGCCGAGGCCGAGCGCAAGGUAGAGGCCGAGCGUAAGGCGGAGGCCGAGCGCAAGGCGCAGGCCAAGGCCAAGCGCAAAGCGGAGGCCGCGCGCAAGGCUGAGGCCGAGCGCGCAGCAGAGGCCGAGCGCCAGGCGCAGGCCAAGGCAGCGGCCGAGGCCGCGGAGAAGGCCGAGCGCAAGGCGGAGGCCGAGCGCAAGGCCGAGGCCGAGCGCAAGGCGGAGGCCGAGCGCGCAGCAGAGGCCGAGCGGAAGGCAGAGGCCGAGCGCAAGGCGGAGGCCGAGCGCAAGGCGGAGGCCGAGCGCAAGGCGGAGGCCGAGCGCAAGGCGGAGGCCGAGCGCAAGGCGGAGGCCAAGGCCAAGCGCAAGGCGGAGGCCGAGCGCAAGGCGGAGGCCGAGCGCGCCGCAGAGGCCGAGCGCAAGGCCGAGGCCGAGCGCAAGGCGGAGGCCAAGCGCAAGGCGGAGGCCGAGCGUGCAGCAGAGGCCGAACGCAAGGCGGAGGCCAAAGCAGUGGCCGAGGCCGUGGAGGAGGCCGAGCGCGCAGCCGAGGCCGAGCGGAAGGUCGAGGCAGAGCGCAAGGCGGAGGCCAAGGCUAAGCGCAAGGCCGAGGCUGAGCGCGUGGCCAAGGAUUCUGGAAAGCCGAACAGAGGGCGGAGGCCGAGGCCAGGCGCAAGGUGGAGGACAUGCGCAGGGCGGAGGCCGAGGGCGUGGCCAAGGAUCUUGGAAAGCCGAACAGAGGGCGGAGGCCGAGGCCAGGCGCAAGGUGGAGGACAUGCGCAGGGCGGAGGCCGAGGGCGUGGCCAAGGAUCUUGGAAAGACGCACAGAGGGCGGAGGCCGAGCGCAAGGCGGACGAGCGCAAGGUGCAGGCUAAGCGCGAAGAGGACGAGCAUUGGGCCAAGGAGAGUUGGCAAAGAAGGCCAAGAAGGACGCUGAGCGGGCGGCUGCGGAGGAGGCCAAGCGCGUGGCACAGGAGAGACGCAGGCCGCGGAGGAGUCCGAGCGCGCCGCGCGCCAGCAGGCCAAGAAGGCACAGAAGGCGGCGGCGGCGGCCAAGAAGCAGGCGGAGCGGGAAGAGGCUCAGCGCAAGAUCGAGGCCGAGGAGAGGCUGCGCAGGCGGCGGCGCAGGCGGCGGCGGCGCAGGCGAAGGCGAAGGACGCUGCUGCGGCGAAGGCGCAGCCGGCGGCGAAGGACUGACGCCGCGCAGAAGGAGGU